UGUAAACAAAGGGUUUUCGGUCAGAAUUUUUCUUCAAAAUUAUUCUAUUUAGUGCGGAAAACAGUGUAAAGGUUGAAUUUGAUCAUUAAUUCCGUGCUAUGCUAUUGCGGUUAGCUACCGUUUAUCGAUGCAUUAAAAAGGGAUAACAAUCCUUAGUGGUGAAAACAGUACUUAUCGGGAAAACAUUCCGCCCUAGAAAAACAAAAUACAAGGGCAGCUUCUAAUAUGUUUCUGUACCACAUCAAGGAAGUGCUGCUGAAGUUCUAUCAGGAUGAUGUGGCUCGUAUCGUAGCCCUGGUAGUUUUUAUUCUGUCCAUAGUGAUUGGCUUUUACGUGAGCUCAAUUUUAGGUUUGACAAUUUUGUUAUUCUUCAUUAAUGGCUGUGCAGCAGCAGUUUUUACAUUGAAUCAUAAGGAUUCGGUUGGCCACUACCUUCAAAAGGUUAAAGAUUUCCUAGGAUACAAGGAUUAUAAUCAUCGUGGCAGUCUGGAAUGUGACGUCUGUGGUAACGAGAAGUGUCCUCGACACAACCAGAAAACUUUAAUCCACGAACCAUGGAAGGGAUUUUACAUCGAUCCGUCCCUGGACGAUGCAACGGAUAAAUUUUUCUCCCACAUCCUCAACACCUUUAUCCGCAGCUGGUAUCUGCAGGUAACACCCGACGAAGAGUUCCUGUUGAACAUAAAAAGCAAUCUACGGGAUGGACUCUGCCGUUUGCUUAUCCGAGCCAAAGAAUUGGACGCUCCAACUAUCAUUACUACCCGGCUACUACCGACUUUCUUCAUCCACUACGAAAUCAUCGCCAAGAUGUUGCUCGUAGAUCGAGUUCCAAUGGAUCGGUUAGCCAAAACUUUCCUCAUCGACGAGUACCCAAUUCAUCCUGCUGUACUCAACCGACAGGCAGAGCUCACCUACCUUCGUGGGGUAGCUAAAGUUCUCAUUCCCCGACUUUUCAUCCAGGACAACUUAAAAUGCAAAAUUUUCUCCAACCUUAUCAAAGAACUGUUCACCUUCUGGGUUUUACUUCCACUGAUGGACGUUAUUUCGGAUCCAAACUUGAUCAACCUCCUGGUGAUUGCGGCCACCGAUAAAAAAUCCAAAGAUUCUAGCGCGUUCAAAGCCAAAUUGGCCACCACCCAUCAGAAGGUUGAGAUUUUGCGUGAUUUCAUCGAGCGCAGUCGUGAGAAAGUCGAAUUUGGUGAGGAACCUGUAAGCUCUUCACUUUCAACUGGAGAUGAAUGUUUUCUGAAAGACCAAAACAAGUUGUACUAUUUUAUGACAUUUUUGAUAAAGGAAGGUGCUGUGGAACUUUUACGUUUCUACUUAGAUGUUGAUAUUCUCAACAAGGAGCUGGAAGAUCCGCACAUUACCACUGAUCCGACCAAGCUCAGUUCGUUGCACCAGCAGUCAGAAAAGCUGCUGCAAUUGUACCACAGCAUGACCCGAGCCGAUCCGGAUGCCGUUGUGGUGGGAUCGCUGAGCGAAGCCCACGAGCGUGUCAAACAACGGUUGGAGGAAAAGUGGCGUAAACAUUUUGCCAAAACGUCCGAAUACUUCGAGCUGGUCUACGGGACCCGGGAGAUUAAAGAAGGUUCCGAUAAGAGAUCAACCGAUGGGACCGGGUCCGGGAUGAAGUUGAGUUCGAAGUUCAAGGAAGUGAUCCGAGGUGCUGUCGAUGGAGCCCCGAUUGAAGCGACGGAAGCACCGACCGUUUGGGAUGCGUUAAACGAUGCCCAAUCGAUACCCAGCAACAAUAUCUACAGCUCGGUUACGCAGAAGUUGCGUAAGGAGAAGGGUCAGAGUUUGGACGCAUUUAUGGUCACCUUUAUGCAUUCCAUCGAGCAGAGCCCGGACAUCGGCGAGGACGUCAUUCAGCUGAAGGAUUCCAAGGUGAAAAAGAAGUACAAGAUACCGGGCCAGAGUGUUGUCUUUGGGGAUCUGUUCGAGCAGAAGAAAGCUUCCAAAAACACCCACACCACCACCUUGCUUUCCCAUAGCGUCCGUGGGCCGUCGCAGUGCUUAAUCUACAUUUUGGUAAAAAUCUUCAACGCCCCCUUGCUGAUCGUCCGGCUGGCGUUGGCUUUCUGCUGCGUGUCCUGUCGAACGGUGGACACAUUGAUCCACACGGCCAUCGCCAGGCUGCUGCGAGCUGGUCUCAAGGAAACCCGACUGGCCGUGCUCAUAAACCUGCUGAGGGAGGUGAUUUUCCUGAAAAAGCUGCCGGAACCGACCCCGGCCGAGCUGCUCCGUCGUCAGCAGGAUGCCCGGAAGCGGCUGGAAGAUUUGCGCGUCGGUCUCGGCAACGUGGUGGAUGUGCUGCAGUCGCCGGUGUUGAACAAACAUCUGAUGUACUGUUUGUUCGACAUUAUCCUCGGCGAAAUGUAUCCGGAAUUUGAGUGUCCUCCCACCUCAACAGCCUCGGUCACGGCCACGCCAAUGGGGCGGGAUUAAAUGGUAGGGAGGUAGGUAAGUAGCAUCAGGAAACUGGAAAAGGCUGACUGGCUAAAUAAACAUCGUCUAGAUGGCUCUCUCUUCGAAGCAAA